UACAUUAUCCACUUGUGACCACUAUGGUUUCUACAUUAAUUCUAAUAUAAAUGCCUCUGUCUUUGUACCCAAAAACUAAAAUAAAUGCCUUUGUCUUUUUCCAUGGUACAACAUUUUCACUUGUCUUCAUUCAUCCCAUCAUUAAAAAAACAUCAAAUUUUCCAAAACCAGUGAUGCAUUGUUUCAAAUUUUAUAGCAAAAUCAUCUUCUUAGUAGUUUCCUUUUGAAAGUAUCUAUGUUGUUCUUUGAAAAAUCUUUGAACUUUGACUGAUCAUAGUUUUAAAUUACAGUCUGCAACCGCAAUUGCGACCAGAUAGAUCAUAUAUCUGGUGUGCAUAGUUUUUCAAGUUGGUGAUUCAAUGAGGUACUUUUGCUUUGAUCUUUUGAUUCUUACAUGGCUUUUAUUGUUCAUCUCAAAUAGUGAUGAGUUAGAACAAGAUCAAAGCCAAGCUUUGUUACAAUUAAGAAUGUUUUUGGAGUAUCCUUCUUCAUUACAAAUUAUGGAAAAUUACAAUGUUGAUUUUUGUUAUCUUCCUUUAUCUUCAAAUUUGAGCAUUAAAUGUGAAGAUAAUUCAAUAAUUGAGCUCAAAAUUUUUGGUGAUAAAUCAUUGAAACCCUCCUCAAGUUUCAAUGGAUUUGCAAUUCCAAAUCAAACACUAUCCAUGAAUUUCUCAAUUGAUUCAUUUUUCACCACAUUGACAAAGUUGAAAACCCUAAAGGUUCUUACUUUGGUUUCAUUAGGGAUUUGGGGGAAACUUCCUAAUAAGAUUGAUUCUCUUAGUUUGCUUCAAGUUUUGGAUUUGAGUUCAAAUUUCCUAUUUGGUUCCAUUCCACCAAAAGUCUCAACAAUGGUGAAUCUUCAAUCACUAACACUUGAUGAAAAUUAUUUCAACACCACUUUGCCUAAUUGGUUUGAUUCUUUGCUUAACCUAACUUUCUUGAGUUUGAAGAAAAAUCACUUCAAGGGUUCAUUUCCAUUUUCGCUAUGCAAAAUCAAGAAACUCGAAGUUAUUUCUUUGUCACAAAACGAACUAUCGGGGGAAUUGCCUAGUUUCGAUUCUCUUAAUGGUUUGCAUGUUUUGGAUUUGAGAGAAAACCGUUUCGAAUUUGACCUACCGCGUCUGCCGAAAUCCGUGGUCACGGUUUUGUUUAGCAAUAACUCAUUUUCGGGAGAGAUUCCUAAGAAAUUUGGCGAAUUGAAUCAUCUUCAACAUUUAGAUCUUUCGUCAAAUCGUCUUGAGGGCACGCCGCCUUCGACAUUGUUCUCUCUGUCGAAUUUAAGUUACUUGAGUCUAGCAAACAAUGUGCUAAGUGGUGAGUUUUCUGAUAAACUUGAUUGUGGUGGAAAACUCGGUUAUGUCGAUAUUUCUAGCAACAAGUUAAGUGGUUUACUUCCUUCGUGUUUGGCGAAUAGUUCAGAUGGUAGAGUUGUUAGAUAUGGUAGAAACUGUUUAUCUGUUGAGGCUCAGAAUCAGCAGAGAGGUUCUUAUUGUAAGGAUUUCGGUUCGAGAUGGGAGAAAUUCAAGAUAUUGAAAGUGGUUGCAAUAGUGGCUAUUGUUGUUGGAUUUGUUCUUGUGGUUUUGGUUUUUGGAGUUUUGGUGUGUAAAAAAUGUCAUUUGAUGAAGAAAAGUAGAAAGGAAGUGCUGGUAAAGACUGUUCAAGAUAAAUCCGCAACUGGCGUUUCAUCGGAAGUUCUUGCAAAUGCAAGAUUUAUUUCUCAAGCAGUGAAGCUAGGGACACAAACUAGUCCAAUCUGCAGACAAUUUUCUAUCCAAGAGUUGAAGGAAGCUACCAAAAACUUUAGUUUGUUAACUUGUAUUGGUGAUGGCUCCAUAGGAAAGCUGCAUAAAGGUAAACUAGAGAAUGGAGCUUAUGUGGUGAUAAGAUCAUUUGUUCUGUCAAAGAAAUGUUCAAUUCAAAAUCUUAAAGCUAAGUUGGAUUUACUCUCAAAGCUUGAACAUCCAAAUUUGGUUAGUCUUUUGGGUCAUUGUAUUGAUGGUGGCGAACAAGAUGAUUCGAGCACACAAAAACUUCAUCUUGUAUAUGAAUAUGUGCCAAACGGAGAUUAUCAUACUCGUCUAUCAGAAUAUUCUGCAGAAAAAGCACUUAAGUGGCCUGAUAGACUAGCGAUUUUGAUUGGAGUUGCAAAGGCAGUUCAUUUCUUACAUACCGGUGUUAUACCGGGAUGUUUUAGCAACGAGUUAAAAACAAAGAAUGUGUUACUUGAUGAACACUGCAUUCCUAAACUAAGUGACUAUGGUAUGUCCAUUAUCAGUGAAGAUAUUGAAAAGUUUGAGACAAAGAGUGAGAAGAAGUCAAAAUCAUGUCAAAGGACAAAGGAUAACGAUGUUUACAAUUUCGGGUUCAUAUUGUUGGAAUCACUUGUUGGACCCAUUACAUGCGACAAAGGUGAAACAUAUUUCCUAAAUGAAAAGGCAUCUUUUGGAAGUGAAGAUGGAAGAAGAAAGAUUGUGGAUCCAAUAGUGUUAACAACAUGUUGUCAAGAAUCACUAUCAAUUGCAAUAUCUAUAACAACCAAAUGUAUAUCUCAAGAAUCUUCAUCUCGUCCUUCUUUUGAGGAUGUUCUAUGGAAUUUACAGUAUGCAGCUCAAGUUCAAGCCACAGCAGAUGCAGAUCAAAAAUCAGAUUAAGAUUUAACUUCAUAGGUGCAUAGAAAGAAUUCAGGGGUUUAUUAGUAAAAAGAUAUUCGAGAUGUUAAUUAUCAUUGCAAAUAUAAAGUUGACUAUAGUAUAGUAUAGCUGUAAAAAUGUUUGUAGCAUUUUAAUGUUUCUUCUAGAGUUUUGAUAAGAUAUAAAUAGUUUGAAUAUAUGUAUCAGUAGUUCUGUACCAAAGAAUUUUCUUAUCCUUCAAUACUUUUUUUUUUUUACCAGAAAAGUCAUAA